AUGUCCCCGCGCGCCGCUGCACCGUCCUGGGACGCCCUCAAGUCGACGCACACGAGCGAGACGUCGACGACGGUGAAGAGAAUCUUGGACGAAGCCAAAGAGCGCGCCGUCGGGGAAGGGCCCCCGCAUCAGGAUAAUAAACUGCGUUUAUUUGGAUCGAGCGAGAGCGACGUUCGUGUGACGUUCUAUCGCGAUCACGCGGGGUGGUGCCCGUAUUGCCAAAAGCUGUGGAUCAUGCUGGAAGAAAAACGCAUCCCGUAUCGUGUGGAGAAGAUUAACAUGCGAUCGUACGGGGAUAAGCCGAAGGAAUUUUUGGAUAAAAUUCCGAGCGGACUGUUACCUGUCGUCGAGAUUGACGGGCAGUUGAUAACGGAGAGCCUAGUGAUCAUGCAGAUCCUCGAGCGGGAGUUCCCGGAGAAUCCGACGCUGCCAGCGGAUAAAUUUGAGCAGGCAAACGUGCUCCUGAAGCUGGAGCGCCAAUUGUUCUCCGAUUGGUGUGGACUCACGUUCCGACCAUCAAUGCCGGGCCCUCUCGGCGCUCGAGCGGGCUUCGAGAAGACGUUGGACAAAGUGAACGAGGCUCUCGGCUCGACGCCUGGCCCUUGGUUUCUCGGCGGUAAAAACCCUUCGAUUGUCGAUUUUCAAUACGUGUCGCACGUCGAAAGAAUGAACGCGAGCGUUCUAUAUUGGAAAGGCUUGAACCUUCGAGGGACGGAACGUUGGGCGAACAUCGAAAAGUGGCUCCUUGCCUUUGAAUCCCGACCUUCUUAUCAAGCGACGAAGAGUGAUUAUUACACGCACAUUAUGGAUAUCCCACCUCAGUACGGUCCCGGGUACGGUGAUAAGAACGCCGCGGUGGACGAGGCAGUGGCUAUGAUUGGCGGCGAGAAGAGUUGGAGACUUCCGGUGAAGCUCUCGGCUGACGGGCUUGAACCGCUCCCAGACUCGAUGAACCGUGGCGAAGAGGACGCACGACACGAAGCGGCGUAUAAACUGAUUAAAAAUGCGUCGAAUAUCGUCAAGUUUGCGUGCCGCGGGGCGGGCGAACCGGGGAGGAAGCAGUUCGGCGCGCCGUUAGCCGAUCCAUACGCCGUGCCGAAUUUGAAUUACCAAGGUCAAGUGGAUGAGUGCUUACGACACGUGGCGCAAGCUCUGAUAGAUGGAAGUGCUGGUCCAACGGAGCCAAGCUCGAACAUGAGUUCGGAGGCGAAGGCCGUGCGCAAGUGCCUCGAAUAUCUGCGGGAUCGCGUCGGGGUUCCUCGAGACAUGUCCUACCCGGCGGCGAUGCAGCUGCGCGCGCAUUUGAACUGGUGCAUAGAUUUGCUCUAA